UUUUCUUUUAAUGAUACGGACAAAUGUUUUGAGUUGGGAAAUUAUUCCGAAUUUCCAAAGAAGUUUUGGCACGUGGGUGGGGGGGACCAACUUUGGAUCCAUCAUUCCACCGACCUCUUGGGUGCUGACUUCACUGCAGAUUUCGUCACUUGUUUUUGGAUACAGGGCUCCAGCGACAAUUUCUCCUUCGGGCAGCUGGCUCCUGGGGAGAGAGUUGCCCCAACUGAUUUUUCUGGAUUCUCGCCCUCCUCUUCCACUGAUGAGCCAUUAGACUGCUUCGGGAGCUGGGAUGUUUCUCGAGGGGGCUCUUCGCUGUCGGAAGAUGGGCCAAGUGAGCCGGUGCUUCUUCUCUUGUCUGCUGGCCUGGUGGAUGGGCAUCAGCAGCACCCAGGAAGCUGGAUACUUCCAAGAAAGUCCUUCAAACCUGACCUCGUCUUUGGGAAAGGAUGUGAAACUCUUCUGCUCUGUUCUUGCCCUGGGUGAGGCACCGGAGAUCAGCUGGCUGAAAGAUGGCGUGGCCUUGGAAUUUGCUGAUAGUAACCAGGUCCAGGUGCCUUUAGAAGAAGACGAAUGGAUGACCACCAGCGAACUGAGCAUCCCUUCCCUGCAGUUCUUGGACAUGGGAAGUUACCAGUGCGUGGCCUCAGUGAAUGGAUCUGAAAUCUUCUCUGAAGGAGCUCAUCUACACUUGGAAGGUCUCCCCUUUUUCUCCGAUGAACCCCAGGAUCUGGAGGUCACAGCUGAUACCCCGUUCAACCUCAGCUGUGGAGCUCAGGGACCCCCAGAACCUGUCUUGGUGAUCUGGUUGCAGGACAGUGUUCCCCUCAAUUCCUUGGCAGAUCCCCUGGCACAGACCCCUUCCCUGUUGGGGGUGAGAGGGCUGAAUCACAGCACAUCCUUCUCAUGUGAGGCCCACAAUGCUAAGGGGGUCAGCACAUCGCGAACUGCGGUGGUGAAAGUGUUACCUGGAGGGCCACGCGACUUAUCCCCUGCACGUCGCAGUGACCACAGCUUGGACGUGAUGUGGGAACCCGGUUUUAGCGGGGCCUAUGCGCUGGAGUUCUGCACCAUCCAGGCGGUGCGCUCAGAUGAAGACCUCAGCACUGUUUCCGACGAGCUGUAUAACCGCAAGAUCCGUGUCCCCCCUUUCAGCCACACGCUGAACGGCUUGGCACCCUUCACCACCUACUAUGUGCGCGUGGCCUGUCAUUCCACAGAAGGCAACUCCCCAUGGACCCACUGGGUGGCUAUGGAGACGUUGGAAGGGGUGCCUGCAACUGCGCCGGAGGACAUCGUGGCUAUUCAGAACGGCAGCUGCACCAUCAUACAGUGGGGAGAACCGCGAGGCAACAUCAAUGGGAUUAUUCGAGGAUACAAGCUGGUUUGUCAAAGUGGCGAUUCACCUGAGGUGAUUGUGGAUGUGGGACUGACCAACGAGACAAUCUUAUCCCUGAACUCAACGGUACAGAACCUGACUGUACGGGUUGCGGCCUACACCGGUGCUGGAGACGGGCCCUGGAGCAAGGCUAUCAUGGUUGUGUCCUCAGGACCAGGUGAAACCCUACCAGAUCCUCAGCCAGUAGGGCUCUCCACUCCUGUCUUCUCCUGGCACUGGUGGUAUGUGGUGAUCGCAGUGGCUACUGCCUUGGCGGCCACCAUCUUCAUCAUCAUCUUCUUGGCGCGUAUGAGGAAAAAGGAAACACGCUAUGGGGAAGCAUUUGAGCCCAGUAUAGAACAGGGGGAGCUGGUGGUUCACUAUCGUGCCCGCAAAUCGUACAGCCGCCGGACCACUGAAGCCACCUUGAACAGUCUGGGCAUUAGUGAGGAGUUGAAGGAAAAACUUCAGGAUGUAAUGAUUGACCGCCAUAAAGUGGCACUGGGGAAGACCCUUGGUGAAGGAGAAUUUGGCUCGGUCAUGGAGGGCCAGCUCAGCCAAGAUGGAGCUGUCUUUAAAGUUGCUGUCAAGACAAUGAAGAUUGCCAUAUGUACCCGCAGCGAGAUGGAGGACUUCCUCAGUGAGGCUGUUUGCAUGAAGGACUUCGACCAUCCCAACGUCAUGAAACUGAUCGGAGUCUGUCUACAGAAUACAGAAAGUGAAGGAUACCCCUCCCCUGUUGUGAUCUUGCCCUUCAUGAAACAUGGUGACCUGCACAGCUUCCUGCUAUAUUCCCGGCUCGGAGAGAGCCCAGUGUACCUGCCCACGCAGACUCUGGCUAAGUUCAUGGCAGACAUUGCAAGUGGAAUGGAAUACCUCAGCAGCAAGAACUUCAUCCACCGUGACCUUGCUGCCCGCAACUGCAUGCUAAACGAAAGCAUGACAGCCUGUGUGGCUGAUUUUGGCCUCUCCAAGAAGAUCUACAACGGGGAUUAUUACCGCCAAGGUCGUAUCUCCAAGAUGCCGGUCAAGUGGAUUGCCAUUGAGAGCCUGGCAGAUCGGGUUUACACCACCAAGAGCGACGUGUGGUCAUUUGGUGUCACCAUGUGGGAAAUUGCGACGCGAGGCCAGACGCCCUACCCAGGGGUGGAAAACAGUGAAAUUUACGACUACCUGCGUCAAGGCAACCGCCUCAAGCAGCCGAUUGACUGCCUCGACAGUCUGUAUGAGCUGAUGACGAGCUGUUGGGCGCUGAAUCCCCGGGACCGGCCCACCUUUGAAAUCCUGUGUGAGGAGCUGGAGAAGACCCUCAAGUCACUCCCCCCGGCCAAAGAUCCUGAGGAGAUCCUCUAUGUCAAUAUGGACGAUGGAGUGGCCCCCACAGAGGCGGAGCUGGGUGCCGUCGGGGGCUUGGGCCCUGAGGAGGCACUGGCCAAGGAAAGCCAGCUGCUGAAGACCACAGUGACGGCAGCCGAGGUCCAUCCCCCGCAGGCAAUGGGCCGCUAUGUGAUGUGUCCCACUCCCCACGAGAACAGCCGGCUGUUGACCGAGGCCCUCAGCUGUGCCGCCACUGAGGAAGGAGCCUAAAAGGGAUGCUCUGGAGACACAUGAGCUGUGGGGAGAAGUUGCAAUCUGCCCUGCUGGUGACGACACCCCCCCCCCCAAGGAGGGGCAUUCCAAAGCCAAACCCUUGAGACCCACACUCACCCUUCACACAAGGAAUCACUCUCCUGAUUCUGCUGACCUCUUUCCCUUGCUGGGAUGCAAAAGGUCCUCCUUCCCUGGUCAGUUCCCCUUGAUAGAGUGACGUGAAGCCGGCCACCCUUGCGUGGGUCUCACAGCCACUUUGUCUCCAUAUCUUGGCAGGGCAUCCCUCUUUGCUUCCAUCAGGCAAAACCAGAUAGCAGAUUCCGAGAUGCAAAGAUGGGGGAGAGAGGGAGGACUUCUCAGGACUUGGCGGGAAGGGGCUCGGGGUUAACUUGGCCAGCUAAAGGUUGCCCUGUUCCUUCUCCCGCUGCCAAAGGGAGCAGAGCCACCUGAUCUCCCCUUUUCUGUCUUUCUUCCAUCCCAAAAGUCUACCUGAUGAGGACCAGGACAGCAAUCUUUCUCUCCUCUAUGCUGCGUAGCAGCCUGAAGCAAAAAGCUGUGGUUGGCUCAAUCCAAAUUUACUGAAUAAAUCACAAUGAGUUGGAUUUACAGAAGCCAUUUAGCCAUAAACCAUGGCUUACGAACAAUGGCUGGGUUCACCUGCUGUGCUAUGCCACUCUUCUCUUAAUGAUGUUUGCCUUAUUGGACAAAACCCAACUGGCUCUUACAUCACCCAAAGCCAGUGUUUCUCAACCUUGAGAACUUUAAGAUGCAUGGACUUCAACUCCCAGAAUUCCCCAGCCAGCAUGUUGAAGUUGCCAAGGUUGAGAAACACUGCUGUGAGCCAUAAAUCAGGGUUUAGAAAAGCACAGUUAGCUGGGUUCAUACAGCAUACUAAGCCAAAGCAAGACACCUUAUGGCAUAGCGUGACAUAUGAACCAAGUUAACAUCUUAGCAUAAGGCGUGAACCCAGUCAUCCCAUCUGUAGAGGUUUGAGGAAAAUUUUACUCACUAAAUUCCUCCAUGAAUUGUAUUCACACAACACGCCAAGUAAGCUAAAGACCUAUAGAGGUUGCAUUCACACAACCUGCUACACUUAGCUAGUUUUCACCUAGGUUAGGUGUUUGUGGAUGUGUGGAUGCGUAUGUCACGUAAACCCAGACCAUUCAGUUUUGUUUACAGUUCAGGGCACUGUGUGAAUCCCCCCCAAAGGUUAAUUCAGUAACCAGAUUAAGGGUGUUGUGUGAACGCAAGCAAUGUCCAAAUCCAAGUUAGCCUUUUUUAUCCUGUAUCUCCCAAUGAGAAUACUCUGUAGCUUUCUCCCUCCAGCUCCCGGCCCCUUCCUAUUUUCCCAUCCAGCUAUUUCACUGCCAUGACUUCUCUGCUCAUCACCCUUGACUGCUCUGUGCCAGCUGGCAGCAAGGGCAAAUGAAACAGAGACUGGAUCACCUCUGCCCCGAAGCCUGGAUUGGAUGGAGCAGAAUAAUGUUUUACCAGAUGAACCUUUCUAUCACCGUUGCUUCUCAAGAAACAAUUCUCCCCCCCCCCGGUUUGGCUCCAGAGAUAAAUCCCAAGUGAAAUAUUCGGCCCUGCAGACUGUUCUGCUCUCAAGACAACUUCAUUUUAUCCUCCGUAGCAUAUGGAACGCUCGGGAAGACUGAGCAGAACCAUCCCUUUUUAGCCAUAACUGAAGCGUGCGAAACCCAAUCUCUGGGAAGCCCUUUUUGACCAAGGAUGCUGCAAAGACAAAAGUCAUAUCCCGAUGGGGACCUCAGGAUGAUUAAAAUGGAUUGCCAACUCCUCUUGUCCUUCCCCGCUUUGAGGGGAAGGUUUUUUGCAGGGCAUUUGCGGAAAAGAGAGAUGAGCCCACCUGGAUCAACUAGGAGAAAGCCCAGCUCUGUUUCUUCCUGGCAAAGUCUGUACCUUGAACAGCUGCAGGAAGAUGGAAGAUGGAAAUAUCACGGGCACACCUUUCUAAAUCACCAUGUUGCUGUCCUGGGAAAAACCCAGCCUGCAGAUUCCCUGCCGGUGGUGAUGACAUUACAGGCCAGCUUUAAUGUUGCUAUUGUUCCUUUAGAUCAGCAUUUCUCAAUCUUGGCAACUUUAAGAUGUGUGUGUGUGGGGGGGGGGGUUACAUUGCUGUGCAACCCCCAAGCCCUUUGAAACAGAAACUAACGGAAUGUAUUGUAUGAACUUACAGUAGAAAAAGGGGUUAACUUAGUCACCAAGUUAAGGUUUCUGCAAACACAGCUGGGUGUGACCAGUCAUGAUUUCAGUCAACAGUAAUUCCAAUCUCAGAGCCCGGCUGGAAAAAAUAAAAGAGGGUGUAGUAUGGGGAGGGGGGAUGCUAAGAGCAGAAGGAAGGGGUUGGUAUCCUCCCAUUUUACAUAACACAGCAGAUCCAUUUUCUUAAGUGAGACUUGCAGCCAUGAUUUCAUUUAGAGUGUCAACUUGGGACAAUCAGAAAGAAUUGAAUAUUGCCGCUUCUCUUAACUUGUUUGAGAAAACAUUGUCUUUUCUUCCCUGCCCUGACUUGAAUCAUAUUUUCAGGGACUUCAUUUCAGCUGCAAAAUCAUAUUUUCCAUUCCACUUGCCAGAAUGCAUUGAUAAACCUCAUCUCCCUUUUGGAGUGUGUAAGGAAUGGCUAGAUUGGGGAAAUGUGGCAUUUUCUGUUAGUCUAAAGCAGUGUUUCUCAACCUUGGGAAUUUAAAAACAUGUGGAUUUCAACUCCCAGAAUUCCCCAGCCAGCCAGGCUGGCUGAGGAAUACUGGGAAUUGAAGUCCACAUGUCUUCAAGUUCCCAAGAUUGAGAAAC